AUGUCGUCUCCACAAGAUCGCGGUAGUGUACUGGACAGUUCUUCAAGCGACUCGCCAACGCUGUCGGACUGUCGAAAUGAGAGUAUAGCACCGCUGCCCCGCAGGCCCAUUCCAAGGAAGGGCCAUACUAAAUCACGCCGUGGGUGCUACAGUUGUAAACGACGACGUAUAAAGUGCAACGAGAGACAUCCCGAGUGCAGUCACUGCCUCAAAGCUGGGCUACAGUGCGAGUAUCCUGCCAACAUCAUUCAAGCAACUCAGCGGUCCCACGCUAUCUCAGGUCCACGGGAGGCAGGCGGCUUCCGGUCCGCUCCAGGAGUAUUCUCGAUGGGAGAUAUGCGAUUGUUUCACCAUUUCCUCAUCACUGCAUACCCGCAUCUACCUGUGGGGCAAGACAAGAUAUGGGUUACUGUAAUUCCCAGCUUUGCACACAACUAUGAGUAUCUCAUCCAUUCGAUUCUGGCCCUAUCUGCAUCCCAUCUAGAUGCCGUAACAAGCUCUGGUGUUGCUGAGCAGGCUAUACAACACCGAAUUCUAGCAGUGAAGUCGCUCAAUGAAGCGUUAUCAGUACCCCCAAAGACGCGAUGUGAGCGAGAUGCUAGAAUGGCGGCUGCUUUGGCUCUUGCGUUUCAGUCAACCCAUCUGCAAGACGGCAUGGCAGAGUUCCUCACCAUGGUGCGUGGUUGCAAUCUGAUUGCAGGAGACGAAAUGUCGCUAAAUGAGGAUUCGGUUUUCCACGUAUUCCGCGAAGACAGUCACCUCCAGACAAUACGCAACCGCAUUGACACCUCGUCAAUGAACUGCGUCAACCAAGGAGAUCUCGACCUAGCCUCCGUAUCCCUCAGCUCAAUCGAGUCCCUCCACAUGUCCGACUGCGAACGAUCAUAUUGGGAGCACCUCGCCAGUGUAGUAAACCACGCAUACGAGAGACCGAUCGACGCAUACACCGCCUUUGUUACACUAUACAACAUUCCAUCGCGGUGGACACACGAACAGUUCCAAGCCUUCAUCGACCCCAACAACAACGUCGCGCAGAUCUUGCUCGCCCACUUCAUCGCUAUCCAAGCUAUCCUCACACCCAUCCUCUAUCUCGAGCGGGUGGGCUUCCAAGGUGUCAACGCCCCUACCGCUGUCUUGAGUUGGAUCGAGGGUAUAUAUUGGAACGUCACACACCACCUACGGCAUUAUGUUGAGUGGCCUAGGCAAGUUUCAAAGUACCCCUUUGAACAAUUCAUGGGCCAGAAGCAGUCGGAUAAUCCUGACAUAGACCCGACUUUGCCAUGA